GGACUUGUGCGGUAGGCUGGUUGGGUAAGUGUGUAAGCAUGUUGCCAAGCGCUCCCUCUAGUGGUGCGAGGAGAGUCCGCCAGAACACAGUCAGUACUACAGUAGUGACAGGCGAGGGGGAGGCAGAGAGCUGGAAGCUCCGGAUCCAUCUUCAUGAGAAAAGAAGCGAGAGAGAGCGAGUCCCGGCUUCAGUUCUCGAAAGCGGCGUCUUCUUGUGUCAUCCGUGCCAGGGAGCCCGAGGAGGGACCUGUGCCAGCGUCUGUAGGAUGUCCCGACAUGAAGGUGUCAGCUGUGAUGCAUGUUUAAAAGGAAACUUCCGAGGUCGCAGAUACAAGUGUUUAAUUUGCUACGACUACGACCUGUGUGCAUCUUGUUAUGAAAGUGGAGCCACCACAACGAGACACACAACGGAGCAUCCAAUGCAGUGUAUAUUAACAAGGGUAGAUUUUGAUUUGUAUUAUGGCGGAGAAGCUUUUUCAGUAGAGCAGCCGCAGUCUUUUACAUGUCCUUAUUGUGGGAAAAUGGGUUAUACGGAGACAUCUCUACAAGAACACGUUGCGUCGGAGCAUGCAGAAACAUCCACAGAAGUGAUAUGUCCAAUAUGUGCAGCGUUACCAGGAGGAGAUCCCAAUCAUGUCACAGAUGACUUUGCAGCUCAUCUUACACUUGAACACAGAGCUCCCAGAGAUUUAGAUGAAUCCAGUGGUGUUCGGCACGUACGUAGGAUGUUUCACCCUGGUCGGGGUUUGGGAGGUCCUCGCGCACGUAGAUCAAACAUGCACUUUACUAGCAGUUCAACUGGUGGGCUCUCAUCUUCACAGAGUUCAUCAUAUUCUCCAAGCAAUAGGGAAGCCAUGGAUCCUAUAGCUGAGCUUUUAUCUCAGUUAUCAGGGGUGAGACGCUCAGCGGGUGGACAGCUGAACUCUUCCGGCCCAUCGGCCUCCCAGUUACAGCAACUGCAGAUGCAGCUGCAGCUGGAAAGGCAACAGGCGCAGGCAGCGCGGCAACAGUUGGAGUCGGCACGCAAUGCAACGAGACGCACCAACACAAGCAACGUCACCACCGCCGUCACACAAUCGACAGCAACGACAAACACAACCACCACAGAAAACAAUCAGCAGACUACCCACAAUUCACAGUUCCUCCUUUCGCGGUUGAACGAUCCUAAGAUGUCUGAGGUAGAACGCCAGUCCUUGGAAAGCGAGCGGGCAGACCGAAGCCUGUUUGUCCAAGAGCUUCUCCUCUCUACCUUGAUGCGGGAAGGAAGUUCUUCCUCAGACGAGGACGAACGGGGAGAAUUUGCAGAUUUUGGUGCUAUGGGCUGUGUAGAUAUUAUGCCUUUAGAUGUUGCUUUAGAAAACCUGAAUUUAAAAGAGUGUAAUAAAGGAAAUGAGCCUCCGCCACCUCCUCUUUGACAUCCCACUUCGCAGACAAUGUCCUCUGUGCUGUAACUGCCAAUGAAAGUGGACAACAACUAUCUUUUGGGUUUGUUUUGGUGAUUGUAAUUUCAGGUCUGUCACUCUUGUUAAAUUGUGUACAUUCAAAAAGGAACGGGAGAAAUGUAUAUAUAUAUAUAUAUAUAUAUAUAUAUAUAUAUAUAUAUAUAUAUAUAUAUAAUAAAAAGAUAAUCAAUUCCACAUAACAAAUUUUUACUUCUAGCAGGUAAAUGUAGGUAGCAGUGCCAGAGGCAAUUUUUGCUUCCUGUUCCUUGACAUGCAAAAGGCUCCCCUAAUGCCCCACAUUCGUACUGAAAAGGAAACAAAACAGUAUAUUGGGGAAAAAAAUCUCUAAUGAAGCUGCUGUGUGUAUUUAUGAAUAUUAAUGAAUAAAAACUGCUUGGAUGGUUUACCUUAACUACUGCAUGAGGUUUUUUGCAGCGUGCAUGAGUUUUAGUGACCCUGUCAUUUAACAAAAAAAUAUAUGUAUAAUCCCAAAGCUUUCUUUGAAAAUGUUAUUUAAGGGUUACCAGAUCAGGAUUAUGAAACUAAAAGAAAACCAAGUUCGCAAACACAAGCAGAGGGACAGUUUUGAAACCUGCAGUAGCCGUUGCUUACUGCAGUGUUAACCAUUUACAGCACGUUUGAGGCAAUCUCUGCCGCCGCUUUUCUCUGUGUCCUUUUACUCCAGUGUAACAUUGCUGUCUGUGACUGGUUUUGUCUGACCUUGCUAGUCUGCACCAUAUAUGUCAUUCAUUCAACACCUCCACGCAUCUGCGGAAGACCUGUAUCGGCCAUCCGGCUGACCUAAAGAACUGCUCCAAAAAGGGCCUUUGAGAGCCCUGAAAGAAAACUCUUCUUACAAAGCAAGUGUUCAUAGUUGCUUAUGAUUUUUUCGUUUCCUAUAUUGUGAUUGUUUAAAAUGAUAUCAAAUUGUUUAACACAAUGUUUUAAUCCAGGUGUAGUUUAUUCAUUUAUUCACUGUACAGAAAAGAAAAGUAAACCCUGAAUUCUGUUUGUUUUUAUUUUUUGGUAGUGUGUGGUUUUUUUUUUUUAAAAACGCUUCUUCCAAUAUUCUUUUUGUUCCCCACACAGGAAGUAUUACAAGUUCUUAUUUAUGUAAUGUGCUUUACUUAGUUUAUGGAGAACAUUUUGUAUCAGGAGAGAUUUAAGGAUUAUAAAAUCACAGCCAUUGUUUCAGUAUAUUAUAAAAUAUUUGGAAUUCUCUUUGCUAAUGUUGGCACCUUUUUAUUUAUUCUGAAUUGAUUUUUUCUAAAGUGAAACAAUUUUUUUUUUUUUUUGAAUCAUGCCACCUACAUGCCUAUACUAUUAAUCCUUUAUGUAAAAUACAAUGAGAUGUAUAUUGAAUUUGUGCGUAAACUUUCAUAAUGGCUCUAGAACAGGGACAGCUUUUUUCUUUUUUUUGAAUGUAAAGCUAGAAUUCAACGACAAAUAAAAUUGCACACAGCUUUUAAUGAAAAUAUCAA